AUGCUGGCGUACAUGGAUGAUGAAAUUUCACAUAUUAUAACUUAUAAGUACUUGAUUGGAAGCGCAACUGUACCAGGCGAACCAGGCAGAGCCACCGGCGCCGCCUCGAGGGACCAGCUAUCAUCAUUGAGUACGUCGCUGCUCUCCAUUGUCGGGCGAGUCCGCAUACGUAGUUGUAGGAAAGCGAACUUCAACGUCCGUCAGAUGCAGCGCCGCUCGCUGCUCUUGGCCAUCAGCUUUAUUUCGGAGAUGGAAUCCAAGAUAGAGAUGGCGGCGUGGAAGCUACCAAAACCGUCAGCGGUCAAAUACAUGAGACCAAAGUCCUACAACAAUAUCCAAUCGCCUAAUAUUCAUCGGCUCCUGAGAUAG